AUUAGGUACGUGUCCUGUGAUCUGAGCCCAGCUGCUAAAUGCUCUGAGCCAACUCAUGCAAGCUCCGAAGUUGCGACAUGAAUGCAGUGACUUAUGAUGAUGUACAUGUGAACUUCACUCGGGAAGAGUGGGAUUUGCUGGAUCCUUUACAGAAGAGACUCUACAAAGAUGUGAUGUUGGAGACCUACAAGAACCUCACUGCUAUAGGCUACAAUUGGGAAGACCAUAAUAUUGAAGAACAGUGUCAAAGUUCCAGAAGACAUGGAAGGUAUGAAAGAAAUCAUACUGAAGAGAAACCCUCUGAAUAUACUCAAUGUGAUAAAGCCUUUGCAUGUCACAGUUAUCCUCAAAGACAUGAAAAAAAUCAUACUGGAGAGAAACCCUAUGAAGGUAUUCAAUAUAGUGAAGGCUUUGUACAUUACAGUAGUCUCCAAAUACAUAAAAGAACACAUAUUAGAGAGAAACCUUACAAAUGUAGUCUAUGUGGUAAAACCUUUGCAUGUCAUAGUAAUCUCCAAAGACACAAAAGAACACAUACUGGAGAGAAGCCCUAUGAAUGUAAUCAAUGUGGUAAAGCCUUUGCAUGUAGCAGUAGUCUCCAAGUACAUAAAAGAACACAUACUGGUGAGAAACCCUAUGAAUGUAAUCAAUGUAGUAAAGCCUUUGCAUGUAGUAGUAGUCUCCGAGUACAUGAAAGAAUACAUACUGGAGAGAAGCCCUAUGAAUGUAAUCAGUGUGAUAAAGCCUAUUCACAACACAGUCAUCUACGAAUACAUAAAAGAACACAUACAGGAGAGAAACCUUAUGAAUGUAAGCAGUGUGGCAAAGCCUUUGCAUACCAUGGUCAACUUCAAAGGCAUGAAAGAAUUCAUACUGGAGAGAAACCUUACAAAUGUAGUCAAUGUAAUAAAGCCUUUUCACAACACAUUCAUCUCCGAAUACAUAAAAGAACACAUACUGGAGAGAAACCCUAUGAAUGUAAUCAAUGUGGUAAAGCCUUUACAUGUCACAGUAGUCUUCAAAAACAUAAAAGAAUACAUACUGGAGAGAAACCCUACAAGUGUAAUCAAUGUGGUAAAGCCUUUGCAUAUCAUGAUUAUCUUCAUAUACAUAAAAGAAUACAUACUGGAGAGAAACCUUAUGAAUGUAGCCAAUGUGGUAAUGCCUUUGCAUAUCAUCGUGAACUUCAAAGACAUGAAAGAAUUCAUACUGGAGAGAAACCUUAUGAGUGUAACCAUUGUGGUAAUACCUUUGCAUAUCAUCGUGAACUUCAAAAACAUGAAAGAAUUCAUACUGGAGAAAAACCAUACAAAUGUAAUGAAUGUGAUAAAUCCUUUUCACAACAGCUUAGUCUCCGAAUACACAAAGCAACACAUUCUGGAGAAAAACCUUAUGAAUGUAAGCAAUGUGGUAAAUCAUUUGCCUCUCAUGGUCAGCUUCAAAGACAUGAAAUAAUUCAUGCUGAAGAGAAACCUUACAAAUGUAAUCAAUGUGGUAAGGCCUUUGCAUGUCAAAGUAAUCUCCAAAGACAUAAAAGAACACAUACUGGAGAGAAACCCUAUGAAUGUAAUCAAUGUGGUAAAGCCUUUGCAUUUCAAGAUUAUCUCCAAAAACAUAAAAGAACACAUACUGGAGAGAAACCCUAUGAAUGUCAUUAUUGAAGUAAAGCCUUUUUCACAACAAAGUGGUCUGCAAAUACAUAAAAGAACACAUACUGGAAAGAAACAGUAUGAAUGUAACCAAUGUAGUAAAGCCUUUACAGGUCACAGCAAUCUUCAGAGGUAUGGUUGGAAUAUGCUUGGCCCAUACAAGGCCCAUUAUGAGGGAUGGCCUUGUUUGAGGCCUUAGUUACCAUGGGGGUGGGCUUUGCAGUCCUAUGCUUAAGCUCCACCCUGGGCUGAAAAGAGUCUUUCCCUGGCUGUCUUCUGAUGAAUAUGUAGAACUUUUGGCACCUCAAGCACACAUCUGCCUGGACACUGUCGUGCUUCCCACCUUGAUGCUAAUGGACUGAAUUUCUGAAUGUGUAAACCAUCCCCAAUUAAAUGUUCUUUAUAAGA